CAGAUCAAAGUCCUUUUUAAUUAUAAAUUCUCCUCUCUGCCCAGUAGGUGGCAUUAUGCACAAAUAAUGCAAAAGAUGAAGAAUGUGAAAGUGGAUAUUUAUAGUAAAGAAAAAAAUGACUAAAUAUAGAUCUGUUUCUCACCCACACCUAUCAGAUCACUUUUGAAGACAUGGAUUAAACCACUGGAGUCUUAUGGAUUACUUUUAUGUUGCCUUUAUGUGCUUUUUGGAGAUUCAAAGUUCUGGCCACCAUUCACUUGCAUUGUAUGGACCUACAGAGUUGAAAUAUUCUUCUGGGAUGGCAUGAGGGUGAGUAAAUGAUGAGAGAAUUUUCAAUUUUGGGUAAACUGUUCCUUAUAUUUUCUGUUUGUUUGUUUGUUUUUAGUUAUUUUACAUUGUGUUCUCAUGCAAUGGAAUCAACCAUCAGCCUCCUCUCCGAAAAGCACUUCCUGUGCUCUCUGUGUGAGGAAAUCUUCAGCAACCCAGUCACGACACCCUGUGGACACAGCUUUUGUAAAAUGUGUCUGCGUGUUUACUGGGGCCGCAGUGGUUCAGAUGAGUGUCCACUCUGUAAGAGGACAUUCGGUUCCAGACCCCAUCUCAGUGUUAACCACAUCCUGGAAGACGUUACUGAAAACUACAGGAAAACACGCUUGACUGCUAAAUCAAAGUUUUUUAGUAUGGAUGAACUGCAAGACGAACCUAAGAACACAGGAGAGGUGGAACAAAUGAUCCAGGAGAGACUUCAGAAGGUUGAGAAGUUUCAGAGUUCCUUAAAGCUCCUAAAGGAAGAAAAUAAUACUGAAAUGGAACAGCAUGAGGGUGAGUAAUUGAUGACAAAAUGUUA